CAGAUUACAGAAGAAAAGUGUAAACAUCCUUAGAGGGGGGAUAUAGCCUACUGUGUUGUUUUAUUAAAUGUUUGUUUAAAUACUGUUUAUCCGUGGAUGACAGACAUUUUCCCAAUAAUCGACUUAUAGUAUUUUUUUUUCGUAGAGAACGUUUUAACUUUUUUUUUCUGAAUACAACACUACCACACGUAUUCUGGAGCAACCAAGCUUGAUCGCUGAUGGUUUAUAAGCGAGACGCUCCUUUUUUCGUUAAAAGUUGUCGCAUCUAUUUUUGGCAACUUCACUAUGGCCACUCUGACGAGGCAGGACCUUAAUUUUGGGCAGGUUGUUGCUGACAUUCUGUGUGAGUUUUUGGAAGUGGCCAUUCACCUCAUUCUCUAUGUCAGAGAUGUUUAUCCAUCUGGUAUCUUUCAGAAAAGGAAGAAAUACAACGUACCUUUGCAGAUGUCAUGCCAUCCAGAUUUAAAUCAGUACAUUCAAGACACGCUGCAUUGUGUCAAGCCAGUGAUAGAGAAGAAUGAGGCUGAGAAGGUUGUAGUGGUGAUCAUGGAUAAAGAGCACCGUCCAGUGGAGAGAUUUGUAUUUGAGAUCUCACAGCCUCCACUGCUGUCCAUCAGCUCAGAGACUCUGCUGUCUCAUGUGGAACAGCUGCUGAGAGCGGUUAUCCUAAAGAUCAGUGUGUGUGACGCUGUUCUAGACAACAAUCCUCCAGGAUGCACAUUCACAGUGCUUGUACACACCAGGGAAGCUGCCACAAGAAACAUGGAGAAAGUUCAGGUCAUCAAGGAUUUUCCAUGGAUUGUAGCAGAUGACCAGGAAGUUCACAUGGAAGAGGCAAAACUCAUUCCUCUAAAAACAAUGACUUCUGAUAUUCUCAAGAUGCAGCUCUAUGUAGAAGAAAUAACACAGAAAACUUGAUGCUCUGCUAGUGGAUCAAAAGCAGCUGCUGGGGUGUAACACAGGAAACAGGAACUGUUUUUUUUUUUUGUUAAGUGAAAACAGGCUUGUUUACAUAUUACGGUUUGG